CCCAACAAACUCCAGUCUUCUUUUUCCUACUUUCUUUUGCCUUUUUACUCUUAAAAGUCUCAUCUUUUUCCCUUUACACAUUUCCAUUUCUAUAACUUCUUGUUAGGGUUUCUUUCCUCACCCCUUAUUUACCCAUUCAUUCAACAGAUUUGAUUGAAAAUUCAUUAUCUGGGUUGUCUUGAAAUCCCAAGAAAUCAGUAAAGAUCCAAACUUUGAGCUCAAAAAAAGUGUCCCAGGACAAUUAUAAACCUGAUAAGGCCGGAUUAUUUAGACAUCAAAAUGGGAUGUUUCACGGUUUCAAAGAGUAAGAAGAAAAAAUCCGUGCAUAGCAUCCACAUCAAACGUGUGAACCCUCAGGAGCAGUCACCUACUGCACUGCCUGAACCCCAGAGACAAACAAGAUCAUUGCAGUCAGCUCCACCAAGUUUUAGAACAAGAGUGAAACCUGUGCAGUCAAACAAUGGAGUAACAACGAGUAGGGCACGAACUCUAUCCGCCCCAUCAAGUCUAGACACAGCAGAUCAAGAUGCUCUAGCAUCGAAUGAAUGUGAGGAACAUGAAGAGCUGAGUAGUCGUGCUGGAUCAAUAAAGGAGUACAGGUCAUCAGUUCCUCAGCCUCUACCACUUCCAUCACCUCAGAAUGCCGCUGCUCUCAGGACUAUGAAAAGCUUCAAAGUGGGGAAUACAAGUAGCCCUCUCAAUGCCUCUGGACCAUUGCCACUGCCUCCUGUGCUGCCUCCUACAUUGCCUUCUACUGGAACGCUUCGGAACUUUGCUUUUGAUGAAAUUUCUGCUGCAUGCCACCAUUUCUCUCCAGAACGUUGUGUGUCAGAAGGUCUCUCUUCUGUUAUCUACAGAGCUUCUUUUGGGGAUGAUGCCUCUGGUACAAAGAAGCUUGAAGCCACUAUAACUCGCCUUCACCCUUCUUCACAGGGUCUGAAGGAAUUUGUCAACGAGGUGAACACCCUGGCUUCUUUGCAACAUUCUUCACUUUGUAAACUGAUUGGUUUUCAUGCACGCGAAGGUUCUGAGCACAGGAUGUUGGUUUUUGAGAGGCUUUUUCAUGGAAGCUUAGACAGACUUUUGUUCGGAAGAUCAGAUGGCCCCUCUAUAGAUUGGAAUGCGAGAACCAAAAUUGCCCUAUGUGCUGCACAAGGUCUUACAUUUCUACAUGAGGAGGGACCUUUUCAGGCAAUGUUCCAAGAAUUUUCAACUGGAAAUAUACAAAUCGACAAGGAUUUUAGUGCAAAGCUCUCGGGGUAUGGAUGCAUUACGAAUAUACAAGAGACGGAGAUAUCUUGCAAUUCAAUCGCCCUGGCGAAUCUCUCACAGGAGACACUGGAGAGAGGGUUGAUAACUCCUAAGAGCAAUGUUUGGAGUUUCGGGAUUGUUCUUUUAGAACUGCUCACUGGCCGGAAGAAUCUUGAUGGUCGGUAUUCAAAGGAAGAGAGGAAUCUAGUCAAGUGGAGUAGGCCUUUCCUUGCUGAUGAUGGUAGAUUAUCGCUUAUCAUGGAUCCUCAGCUUAAAGGACGGUUUCCCGCAAAAGCAGCCCGUACAGUGGCUGAUAUUGCCCAAAGAUGCCUGCAAAAGGAUCCAUCUGAAAGGCCCACCAUGAGAACUAUCUUGGACCAACUCAAAUCCGUACAAGUGAUGAAGUGCCCUUCACGGUUUCCUCUGCAAGAACCAGCGGUUGUUGGUGGUAAACACAUGUCAAAGUCUCCAAGCAUGAAUGGCAUCAUCACUCCUGUGCCAAGGUUGAGUUUCUCCCCUUCCUUACCACUCACCCGAACAUCGGCUUCUCCCUCAAAGGUUGCUACUCAACCCUUGGCUCGUCCUUCAUUAACAUGUUCCUACUCUUUCUCUUUGGAGGACCUUGAUAGACUGGAAAGCCGAAGGUCAUCAACUUCAUCUUUUCGCAGGUCCAGUGUUGAAGGAUUUUGAUUGUUUAUUCUUUAAUAGGUUACUUCUAGCCCUCUCUUGUGACAAGUGAUUACAUGAAAAGAUAUGAAGGAUAAAGAUGUGGUUUUCUACCUUCCCAUUCCUCAAGGAAGAAGAUGUGGGAAAUAACAUUUUGUAGAUAAGGUUUGUCCUUUGGUUUGAUUAGUGUUCUGUGAAUCAAGAUGUGUGGGGAGAUGUAGAUUUUCUUUAAUAUGUUAUUCGUCAACCUCCAGCCCCUUCCGAGAUGAAAAAAACAAUCCCCAGAUUGCUGGAAAGCAAUAAAAAGAGAAAGGGAAGGGAAGAUAAAGAAGAAAGAAAAUUCUAUUGUGUAAUGAUGUAUAUGUGUACAAGUAUUCUUUUUUUAGUUUAUUAAGAAAUGUUGUAUUUUGGGAACUUGGCUUGGUGAGAAAUAUGGUUUCAGUAGUGAGGGUGAUGCAACCUUACUCUUUGAUAGAGAAGUAAAUUUCAGUAUUCCAUGUUACCUGGAAAGUUUUGUAAUCUAAUGGUGAAUGAAAUAUAAGGUUGGAAAAUGUCAGCUACAAAAUCUCACAUA